CACAGACAAAGGUCACUGGUAAUAAUAUUCUCUCACUCUUUUCCUCAACCAAUGGAGUUGUUGAUAACAGUAUGUUUUUUAGUUCUUUUCUGCACUAUUUCCUAUUUUUACAAAAGGUUUUCCCAAAUGAGAAGUCAUAGCUGUUACAUGUUAGCUUAUGAGUGUUUCAAAGCAACCGACGACAGGAAACUCGACACUGAAUCCUGUGUAAAAAUUGUUUUGAGGAACAAGAAUCUUGGUCUGGACCAAUACAGGUUUCUGUUACAAACAAUGGUGAACUCUGGUCUUGGUGAAGAAACUUAUGGCCCAAGAAAUGUGCUUGCAGGUCGAGAGGAAACUCCAACCCUAAUGGAAGCUCAUGAAGAAAUGGAUGAAAUCAUGUUUGGGACACUCGACAACCUGUUUUCCAAGACAGAUGUUUCACCGUCCGACAUCGAUAUACUUGUUGUUGAUGUGUCGCUCUUCUCCCCGUCCCCGUCGUUGACUGCUCGAAUAGUGAACCGAUACAGGAUGAGGGACAACAUUAAAUCUUUCAGCUUGUCGGGUAUGGGGUGCAGUGCAAGCAUGGUGGCUAUUGACCUCGUCCAAAACUUGUUCAAGAGUUACAAGAACGCAUUCGCGGUGGUUGUGAGCUCCGAAACGAUCGGUCCCCAUUGGUAUUGCGGCAAGGAGAAUUCGAUGAUGUUGUCGAAUUGCCUGUUCCGAUCAGGCGGAUGUUCGGUUCUUUUAACAAACAAACCGUGUUUGAAACAUAAAGCAUUGAUGAAAUUAAAGCAUUCUGUCCGAACCAACAUCGGAUCGAACGACGAAGCAUACGGAUGUUGUAUCCAAAUCGAAGACCAACAAGGUUACAACGGUUUUCUCCUUACAAGGAACCUAACAAAAGCUGCAGCUAAAGCUUUUACCAUGAACCUCAAAGUGUUAGUCCCCAAAAUCUUACCAAUUCGAGAACUAAUCCGAUUCGCCGUCAUUUCCAUCUGUAAAACCAACAAUAAAACCGCAAAACCAAGCUUGAAUUUGAAAACCGGGAUUCAACAUUUCUGCAUUCACCCAGGAGGAAGAGCGGUGAUCGAUGGGCUGGGAAAGAGCUUAGGGCUGAACGAAUACGACAUGGAACCGGCUCGAAUGGCGCUCCAUCGGUUCGGGAACACAUCGGCUGGGGGACUGUGGUAUGUGCUAGGGUAUAUGGAAGCGAAAAAGAGGCUUAAGAAAGACGAUAAAAUCCUAAUGAUAAGCCUGGGAGCUGGGUUUAUGUGCAAUAACUGUGUUUGGGAGGUGAUGAAAGAUCUUGGAAAUGGGAAUGUGUGGGAGCAUUGCAUGGAUCGUUAUCCAAUACCAAGAAAGAACACGAUAAACCCUUUCGCAGACAAGUAUAGUUGGAUCAAUGACGAGCGUCUCAACUUUGUUAGGAUGGAUUUAUCAAAUAUCAUUCUUUCCUGAUUCAAUAUUUUCUUACCAUUAUUAUUAUGAUUAGGGUUUUAUUCUUCAGCCAUUGUUUCUUGUUGUUUACUGCAAAUCCGUAAUGUUUUUGUUGUUUCUUGGAAUCCAGAGUUCAGACCAUUGUUUUCCUUUUAUAGUAAUUAUAAUAUAUUAUUGGGUUGGGUUAUACUUA